UCUGACGAGGGGCCUUGUCCCCCCCCCGCUCCUUUAGGACGGCCCAGAUGGACCACAGAACAGAACGGCCUGAUAACAGUACAGAACCAAAGGAUCGAUUCAGACCAAAAUACGGAUUUUACUGGUUUCUAAACACGUUUCCUUCUCAAGUCAGGAUGUCGAUGGUCAUGGAUCCACAGGGAGACCCACCGCCAGCCUAGCCUUUAGCGGCUCUUUGGGAACACUAUCCCGGACACAGUGCUAGCUCCGGACGCUCCACUACCCCCCCCACACACUGGAGAAUGGAUGGCCGAGAUUUCGGACCCCCUCGGUCUGUCCAUGUUCCCCCUCCCCUGUUGGCCAUGGAGACCCACCGACUCGGAGCUGCUGCAGCAGCCAGGAGGAUCCCUCCCUCGCCCGGACACUUGGGCACAGGGCACCCAGCAAACCUCCACGUCGGGAAAUUCCUUCCAACGGUCAUGAACCUCCAUCCACAUCACAGUGAUGCCUUCCCAGCAGCCUCCAGUCCCUUCCUGCCGGGCUAUUCCGGCCCCUCCCCCCUAACCUCUGACCCAGCCUACAGAUCACCCAAUCAGAUGGCUCAGCUCUGGGCCUCACACGCUGCUGCCCACGAAGGCUACGCCCCUCUCCCAGGCGGUCUGUACCCCAGCCCCUACCACCUCCCCCUGGGUAACCUGGAGCCUCCUCCCCCCUCGCUGGGCUUGGCUCAGCACCACCACCUCUACAACGCACCACACCAAGAGAGGUUCUUUCUGCCGGUGUCGUUACCCCAGCCGCCUCUUCAACCCUCCUCCGUCCCCCAGUUCCACCCCCAGAAGAGAGGAGCCUCAGGAGGGGGCAGGGACCGAGACAGACUCUGCUGUGAGGAGAGAGAGGAGCCUCAGGAGGGGGCAGGGACCGAGACAGACUCUACCACGAGGAGAGAGGAGGAGCCCCGGGAGGGGGGCAGAGACAGACUCUACCGCGAGGAGAGAGGGCGAGGCGAGAGGGAGCGGUCGAGAGAGGAGCCUCGUCCAUACAGUGUGGUAGAUCUGACACAGGAUGGGAGGAGUGGAGAGAGAGAACGCCACAGAGAACGAGAGACUGAGCGAGACAGAGACCGAGAGAGAGAGGUUCUCCUCCACCACCCCUCUGCUUCUCGACCCCCCCAGGGCUCCUCCUCUUCUGGGCGUUACCCAGAGACUGAUGACACACCCACUCGCUCCCCCAACCCUAACCCCAGCCCCCACACACACACAGACAGGCUGAGGAAGACUGAAUCUACCUACAGCGGUGCACUCCUUCCUGGCCCCGCCUACCCUGCACACCGGGAGCCUAUCAGGGAACAGCGUGUGAGCGCGCCCACUUACGUGCCUUCUGUGGAGGUCUAUGAUGAGCAGGUCGGCCCGAUCCAGAUCGCAUCGCAGGCCAGGGACAAACAGGACAAACUGAGAGAGAGAGAAAGAGAGAGAGAAAGAGAGAGAGAAAGAGAGAGAGAAAGAGAGAGAGAAAGAGAGAGAGAGAGGUUUCCUGAAAAGACACUAUCGGACCGUCGCGCUUCUCUUCCUGGUGAUUUGUCCAAUCAGAGAGAGCGGGAGGAGGGCUCUGUGAUCUGCUCCAACGGUUCGGCGCUGAAACGAGACGGUUACGUCAGCCAAUCAGGGUUCAGCCCGGACCCCAGGGACACGCCAAAACAUGCCAUCCGAUUGGGCUUGGAGCGGGUGGGGGAGGGGCCUAAAUGGAACCCCAUCAGCCCAUUGGCCAACUACGCCACCAGUCAUAUGGCAGCUCUGGCCUCCCAGCACGGACACGCACACUCCGCACAGCAGGCACGCACACACACUCAGCCCUCACACCAUAACCAGCAGGAACUCAACAGACCCCCUUCCAACCCCCACACACCCCAACACAGACACACACACACUCAACCCUCACUCCAUAACCAACAGGAACUCAACAGACCCUUAUCCAACCCCCACACACCCCAACACAGACACACACACACUCAACCCUCACACCAUAACCAACAGGAACUCAACAGACCCCCUUCCAACCCCCACACACCCCAACACACACACACACAUUCCCCCCACCCUCCGCCCCAACCCCAGAGGGGAGAGGAGGGACAGGGGCGCUACUUGGACACCUCAGCCCUGUACCGCCCAGUGGGGGGGAGGAGAGGCAGCGGGGGAGGAGGGUCUGAGGGGGGAGCAGACGGAGGAGAGGUGUCGGCCAUGCAGAGUCUGAUCAAAUACAGCGGGACCUUCCCACCUGAACGCCAGGGGUCCUCCAGGCAGAACACGGACAACCAAGCCGCGUUCGGAGGGCUGGCGUUCAUGAGGCUGGAGGGAGGAGGAGGAGGAGCGGGGGGGAGGCUGAUGAAGAGAGAGCAGGAGCGCCCCGACAGCUCUCGGUCGUUGGGACGCGGCGGGGGGGGGCCAGGCGAGGGUGGGGGAGAGGUCCGUCACCCUCCUGUAGGGAUAGCUGUGGCAGUGGCCAGACAGAGCAAUACAGACUCCCAGAGACCUCUACUACUGCACGCAGGGGUUAAAGACGAGGAGCGGGGGGACGAGCGAGCCCGUCACCGUGGUGAUAGACUGGGGUGCCUGGAGCGUGAGCAGGAGAAGUUGCUCAGAGAGAGUAAGGAGCUGGCAGAGUUCACCCAGAUGCACCCCCCCUUGGUGUCCAGCGCCCUGACCUCUAACCUCAUGACCUCCAACCUCAUGGUGACUGGAGGCUCCGCCCGCUGGCCCCACGACCCCUCCCCUCUGACCUCUCACCCCUGGAUGCCCCGCCAAGGAGCCCCGCCCAUCUGGCUGUCGGGAUCCCCCUACGGCCCCUCUCCGCUGCACCAGGCCCUCCCUCCCUACCAGCUGGCCAGAGACCCCCAGUCAGGACAGCUGAUGGUUAUAGCCACAGAACACAUCCCACGCUACGGAGGAGAUGUGUUGGAUGGGGUGGCGCCCCAGUGGCCAGGGGUGUAUGGAGCAGGCAGUUCUCUGCAACAUGCCGCUCAGCUGCAGAUGUUGUCACAGCAACAGAUGCUGAGGCAGCAUGAGCUGGUGAUGAUUCAACAACAUGCUGCUCAGGUCCUGGAGCUGCAGAGGAACGCUCAACUGAUGGAGCGUCUGAAGGCCAGUGAACAGAGGGCGGAGCUAGAAGAGAAGACCAAUAAGAGGAGUUCCGAGCCCAAACCCCGCCCCUCGCCACGCCCCCACUCCCUCCCCCCUCCCUCCACUGCCAUAAAACUCCCCUCCGUUCACCACCUCCCUCCACCUCCUCCCUCACCCCCCCUGUCCUCCCCCAGGCCCACUCUCCAACACCCGGCGGUCCAGAGAGAGAGGUCUCACCCUUCCUCUCCCCUCCCUCGCCCUCCCGCCCCACACUCUGCCUCCCCCCUGAGACCCUCCUCCCCCCUGAGACCCAGGCAGGACGAGGGAGAGGAGGAGGAGGAGGGGGGAGAGAGGGGGGAGAAACAGACCACCGCCCCCUAUCACCGAAUCUACACAGAUAUCACCCCUGGUUACCGUUACCAGUCCAUCACCCCGCCGUUCAGCGCCCUAUUCCCCCCCCGCCCCCUCCCCCAUCCAGCAGGGGGUAACAAACACCCCUCGGUCUCCUCCCUGCCGCCACUCCUCCGGGCCACAGCUCCAGACGCGAAGCCUCGGGGCCUGGAACUCCGGCCAGACCAGGGGACCACGCUGAAGCAUGACCCUGACCAGGAGCCACCCCAGCUGGGCAUGAGUCCUGCUAACACACACAUCUCACCCACACACACACACAAUUACACACACAUCCCAGCCUUACACACCCACACAAACACACCAGCCUCCACUCAGCCCCCCAGCCCGGUCCUCCUCUACCCCCCACACAGCCACAUAAACACACCAGCCUCCCCACAGGCCCCCAGCCCUGUCCUCCCCCCCACACAGCCACAAGAACAACAGACCGAGGAGGAAGAGGAGGAGGCAGGAGCGGUCAAGAUGGAGGUGUUGACCUAUGGCUGCCGAGGAGCCUAUCAGCUUCCACCGUCCGUCCCGAAGGUGGAGACUAAACCAGAGGUCACAGAGAAGUCGAGUCCCGUCCAUUACCCAUCAUGCACCACGGCAAGCUCCGAGCGACCGGCCUUUAGACCCAGCCCCGACACACACGCAUCCUCUCCUCCCCCCCUCUCUCCCUGCCCUCCCUCCCCUCUAAACAUCGUCCCUGAUGACCCCAUGGCUGGUAUGAUGACGCUGUUGGCUGCCAGUCAGAUGCCCCAGGCUGCCCCCCCUGCCCUACCCACCCUGCCCCAGACAGAGGCCUCCUCGCUGGGGAGAGACGUGGCCAGUCCUGGGUGUCUGGAGGUCUGGGCUCUGGAGGGGAUGACUCUACUCAGCGACAUGGCCUCACUAGAGAUGGAUAGGAUACAGCUGGAGCAGGGUGAGGUGUUGUGUGGUCUUGACAGCCUGUUAGAGGCAGGUAGAAAGGUGUUGCUGGAGGCCAUUGAGAGCCAGUCUCACAUCGACCUCCCCAGACAACUACACCCCAGCAAGACCUACAGCUGGAGGAUGAGGACAGACCCACAGGAGCAGCUCUUCAGUAAGCUGUGUGUGGAGGUGUGUGAUGGAGGGGAGUCUCAGCAUCGGAUGAGAUUAGCGGAGCUACAGAGGCAGUACAAGGACAAACAGAGACAACUGGACCGGCUGCAGAGACGCUCUGACACCCAAGAGGUUCAGCAGCAGGAGAAGGAGAGGCGGAGUCUAACCAGACGUGGGCGGGGCCGACCUAGGAAGAGGAAACGUGUAGCGACGCCCCCUGGCAAGAUGGAGUCCCGGACAGGGAAACCUGGCAGGACAGUGCGGUACUCUGAGGUGGGGGAUGGAGGGAGGAAGAGGUUCCACUGUUCCAGAGGGGAGGAUGAUGAGAUGGAGGGAGGAAGAGGAGAGAAGAGGAGUUGGCAGGAUCAGGAGCCGUCCACUAGUCACUCUCUGGAGGUCUUUAAGGCUCGUCGUGUCGGUCUAUGUGACCAUGAGCAGCUAGCCUGUGACCUGGACAGAGCUCUCUCCCUGUCCGUACUCAGUAGCAGCCGCCGGACGCCCUCUGACCCCGGCGGGAGGGAUGGAGGGGUGAUCCCCUCGUCUGGAGGGAAACAGAAGGUUAGAGGUCAGAGGAAGACGGUUUCUCCUCCUCUUCCUCACUCCUCUCAACGCUCCAGCUACGACUACAACUCUGACUCUGAAGAGGAUGUCCCCCCCGGGGCUGUCACCCCUUCUCAGGGUUGCGACCCCACACAACCCCGCCCAGGAAGAGACCGUCCCCCUCCUCGUCCAAUCAGGCGGCUCGGGAGAGGAAACAGAAGCACUUAUCCCUCCUGUUGCAGGAGGCGGGGCUUAUCCUCAGACGACUCCUUCGAUCAAGAGUCCUCCACUGAGGAGGACGAUGAUGAGGAAGAGUCGUCGUGCUCCGAGGGGAGUGAGCUGGAGGAGAGUGGGUUGGGCCUGCUGGCCAGGUUCGCAGCCAGCGCCCUCCCGGUCAACCCCGUCCCCCUGCCCCGUCUCCACGACAACAAACACCGUAGCAGGCAAAGCAUUCUGGGUUUCGGUUCUGGUUCUGACCUGUGUCUGAGGAAGUUCCCCUCUCUGCUCCACGGGAAACGCUCCGCUCCCGAACUCCCCCUGUUACCCCCGGCAACGCGCCACGGCGACCACACAAGCAACGAGACCUCGCCGGUCAAACGCAAACCUCGCCCAUCUCCUAGGUCGCCCGGAGAUUCACUUGACCCCGCCGGGGGGACUAGGGGAGGGGCUAGCGAGGAGGAGGGAUGGACACGCAGACGCAGCGAGAGGAUUUUCCUUCAUGAUGCCUCCACCAAUCAGAUCUCUCCCUCCAGUAAAGACCCUCCAAUCAGCACUAAACCCGCCCCCAGACCUAAAACCACACCCAGGGACGGGAAAGACUGGAAGAAGAAGAGGCUGAAGGACUCUCCCCUGACCCCGCCCUCUCUGUCUAGUCCAAUCACAGAGAGCCCGGUAGCCCCUCCCCUCAGCCCUGCACGCAAGAGCCAAUCAAAAGCCAAGGCUAAACCCCGAGAGGCUCGUGGAGCGGUCAGUAGGCUGAUGAAGAGUAUGGAGGCUGAUGAAGACUUCGAACCCAGUCAGGACAGCAGCUUCUCUGAAGACGAUGGACCUCCUCCGUCACACAGCAGUCUGGCUGAGAGGACCCUGUCGUCUGCUCCGGUCCAGUGUGUGUUAGAUAAAGACUCUCUUCAGGAUGGUCUGAGGGUUCUGAUCCCCAUGGAUGAUCAGCUGCUGUAUGCUGGACACGUCAACACGGUACACUCCCCGGACAUUUACAGUGUGGUGGUGGAGGGGGAGAGAGGGAACAGACCUCAUAUCUACUGUCUAGAACAACUCCUGCAGGAGGCUAUUGUAGAUGUGAUGCCUCCGUCAGUCUGGUAUCUUCCUGAAGGCUGUCGUGUUGCUGCAUACUGGAGCCAGCAGUACCACUGUCUCUACCCCGGCACCGUAGUCAACGGAAGUUCAGACGGUGAUGACAGUGAUGACCUCAUCACGGUGGAGUUUGAUGACGGUGACACGGGACACAGCCCCCUCUCCCACAUCAGACUGCUGCCCCCUGACUACAAGAUACAGUGUGCUGAGCCCUCCCCCGCGCUGCUAGUGGCCAGCUGCUCCAGGAGGCGUGUCAGGAAGUGCAGCAAGGACACCAGUGAGACGAGGCCUAAAACAGGGGACUCCGCCCCCAAGGGCAGAGGGAGACCGGCCAAGAAACCCAAACCCAAACCUGAGCCCCCAGUGAGCCCAGACCCCGGGAGACGAUGCCCCCCGGGACCCAGCCAGGCUCCAGACAGACCUCAGCUCCCCACCAGACCAGCCCAGGACAGGCCCUCCUCCUCCCAGAGGCCUGCUCAGGAAAGACCCCUGUCUGCCCCCAGGCCGGGACCAGGCCGACCCUCCAAGCCCCCUGCCCCCACGCAGCCAGAACCCUAUGAGACCCAGCCCAGCCUCUCCCAAGCCCCCCUCCCUCUACCACCCAGCCCCUUAGGGAAGAUUCUAAGGGUGGACCUGUACAGCCAACCCAACCUCACCUCUUGUAACGUCAGCACCCAACCUAACCCUAAAACCAACCCUAAGUCUAAACUCUCCCCUCCACUACUUAAACCCAACUCUACUUCCCCUAUCAUCAGACCCAAGCCUCUUCUACCUAACCCUAAAACUAACCUUACCUCCGUACCAAAAUCCAAACCUAGACCUAACUCUACAGCAGAACUCCCUGGGCCUGCAGCUAACUUUAAUCCUGAUCACAACAAACCCAGAACCGCUCCCAAAGCAAUCUCCAGACCCAAACAGAACCAUAACAAACCCAGGCCCACCCUGGAUCCUUCUACCAGGCCCAGAGCCAGCGCUGGGUCCAGCUCCAGUACCUCCAAACCUAGAACCAGCCCUGGGCCCAGCUCCAGCACCUCUAAACCCAGAACCAGCCCUGGGCCCAGCUCCAGUACCUCUAAACCCAGAACCAGCCCUGGGUCCAGCUCUAGUACCUCUAAACCCAGCCCCGGGCCCAGCUCCAGUACCUCUAAACCCAGAACCAGCCCUGGGCCCAGCUCCAGUACCUCUAAACCCAGACCCAGCUCAGACCUCUCUGCUGUCAGAUCCAGACCGGACCCUAGCACCUUUAUUCCUGGUAUCUCCAGACCCAGGCAUGUCCCGGGGGAGGGCGGGGUGGGAGGGCAGGGCGGGGUGCGACAUGGGCGUAAGGCCCUCCUAGAGGAACCCCUAGUAAAGCUGGACCACGAGGGCGUGACCUCACCCAAGACCAAGAAGACCAAGGCUCUGAUGCUGCUGGAGGCCAGAGGCUUACGGCAAGAACCCACACCCCUCUCCACGGCUGCAGCCAGCCAGAAGCCGGCGAGGGUAAAGGGGAGGGCUCCGGAGAGCGAGGCAGGGCUGCUGGAGGCCAAGGGCUUACGGCAAGAACACACACCUCUCUCCACGGCCGCAGCCAGCCAGAAGCCGAAGAGGGUAAAGGGGAGGGCUCCGGAGAGCGAGGCAGGGCUGAUGGAGGCCAGAGGCUUACGGCAAGAACCCACACCCCUCUCCAUGGCCGCAGCCAGCCAGAAGCCUGCGAGGGUCAAGGGGAGGGCUCCGGAGAGCGAGGCGGGGCUGCUGGGGAGAGAACCCGCCUACAGAACGCCUUCUCUGGGCAGAGAAAGAGACCGGGGUGGAGGGGGGGACAGAGAACCAAAGAGAGAGGAGAGAACGAAACAAGGGGAAGAGAAGAGAGGGGAGGAGACAGGGGGGUCUCACGGCAGCAGUAGUUCAGGAUCUGAGGAAGAGGAGGAGACGAGGAAGAAAACAAAGUGUAGCUCCAGCUGCUCCCACCCCUCCUCCCCAGCCUCCUCCUCCUCAUCCUCCUCUAGCACCUCCUCUUCCUCUUCCUCCUCCACUGACGAGGAGUCCUCUUGUAGUUCUGACGAGGAGACCGCCCCCGCUCCCCCUGCACCUCUCCCCGUCUCCCCCCCUCCAACUACCCCACAGGAGGAGGUAGAGGUGGAGGAAGAGAAGGAGGAAGAGGAAGAAAUUAAGAAGUUGAAAAAGACGGAAGAGGAAGAGGAGGAAGUAUUAGGAGAAGAUCAAUCUCCCUCCUCUCCUCCCCCGUCUAUCUCUCCGUCCUCCCAGCCAGCCAGGCCCCGGGGUCGUCCAGCCCGGCAGAAGUCCCAGGGAGGUGUGGGGUCGGUGGGCAGGCCACGGCGCAGGGAGGCCCACCUCCCCACCACCAAGGAGCUGGCUAAGAGACAGCGAUUACCGAGUGUAGAGAACAGACCUAAGAUCUCUGCCUUCCUGCCUGCCAGACAGCUCUGGAAGUGGUUCGGUAAUCCCACACAGAGGCGUGGUAUGAAAGGGAAGGCUAAGAAGCUGUUCUACAAGGCCAUCGUGCGGGGGAGAGAGAUGAUUGGCAUCGGGGACUGCGCCGUGUUCCUUUCAGCCGGCCGACCCAACCUGCCCUUCAUAGGGAAGAUUCAGAGCAUGUGGGAGAGCUGGGGAUCCAACAUGGUGGUCAGAGUCAACUGGUUUUAUCACCCGGAGGAGACCAACCCUGGCAAGAAACUACACAACAAGAAGAACUGGGAUCAGAUGUCUGGUCAGUCUCUUCCUUCAUCUCUGCUCUCCUCUAACCAGAGGAAAGACUUCAUGGAGCGGGCUCUGUACCAGUCAUCCCACAGCGAUGAGAACGAUGUCCAGACGGUCAGUCACAAGUGUCUGGUGGUCAGCGUGUCGGAGUACGAAACCAUGACUCUGACACGUCGCUACGCCGACAGCCAAGACCUGUACUACCUGGCCGGGACAUACGAACCCACCACGGGUAUGAUCUACAACACGGACGGAGUCCCCAUCAUCUGAUGAACGACACGCUAACGACACCUGACCUUGACCCGACCAACACCAAGGUCGAUCCGGUCAACUCAUAACGUUUGAUCCAACGAACGAAGACCACCUGAGAGAGACUACAGACUGUUUUCAGAAACUGUUGAAACACACGGGUCUUCUCUAUAAACACACACCCAGACUUCUACCUGUAAAUACAUACAAUAAUUCUAACACUCAUAGAUAUAUAUAAAAGACAGGAAGUGAUUUUAUUUACCAGGGAAGACAUCCUCCUGGCUGGAUCGUAGCUGUGAGUCACAGUAGUUUUAAUGAGAGGAGGUUUGUCUAUCUGAGAGACGUUUUACACUAACGAGAGAGAGACCUGCUGACAAUCCCAACAAUGGGGGUGGGGAUACAGUCCUGUGUUCUGAUUGGUGCCUGUCCUGUCUGGACCCGCCUACUCCCCCAUGACCUUAUCACCCUGCUGGUGUUAACAGGGUUCUGAUGACCUGGUGUUUAGAGAUAUUAUCAGUGUUUCUCUAGAGUGAACACACUCUUAUUG